AUGUCGACAAAGACGGUGGCCUUAUCAGGCAACGCCUUUCUCACGACGGUGCCAGCAGGAGCUGUUGAGGUCAUCAACGACAAUGGCCUGGCCAAUUGGAGCAACCCAAACACUAUCUGUAGCGCUUAUUUUCGCAUGGCCUCUGCCGCCUCGGUGACUGUCGGGCUAAACGCGUACUUAGCGGGCAGUAACAACAGCACUGUCAGAGUCACCGUCAAUGGGACCGCCUUCACGGUCCAGCUCGCUGGCACGACUGCCAAAACCUAUCCUGUUGGCACCGUCAACGUGACCGCUCCUGGCUACGUGAAGGUGGACAUGCAGGGUGUGACUAAGGACGGUGGCUAUUUUGGCGACGUGUCGGGCUUGAGCGUGACCACGACCUCUGCGCUCGUUUACGCCAAUGACCCAGCGAACUACUACUGGUCGCGCCGCGGCCCAUCAGUCCACAUGACUUACACCGUGCCGGCCAACAGCGAGUACUUCUACAACGAGGUGACCGUUCCCGCAGGCCAGGAUGUCGUUGGGUCGUACUUCAUGGUCGCGGGCUUUACUGGUGGCUACUCCGGCAUUCAGGUCAACUCGACAACUGAACGUCGGAUCCUCUUCUCCGUCUGGGACGCAGAAAACGGCCAGAAGACCACGCUCGUGAGCAAGGGUGCAGGUGUUGUCGACAAUACCUUUGGUGGAGAGGGGACCGGAGGCCAGGCAUACCUCAUUUUCAAAUGGGCGGCCGGUACCACCUACAAGUUCAUCACGCGCAUUCGUCCUGAUGGUUCAGGCAGCACUCUCUUCUCAACGUGGUUCUUUACACCAGAGUCGAACUCAUGGCGCUACAUCGCCACCUGGAAGCGUCCUUCCACCAACACAUACCAGUCCGGCGUCCACUCCUUCCUGGAGAAUUUCAUCGAUACUCUAGGCUAUACUGGUCGCCGUGUGCAAUACGGUAACCAGUGGGCACGCAACGUCAACAAGACCUGGUCCGAGGUCACCGCUGGUUACUUCACAGGUGAUGCUACUGCAACCAACGCGCAGCGCAUGGAUUAUGCGGGUGGCCUGGAGAACGGACGCUUCUACCUCCGCAACGGCGGCUUCUUCGCCGACUAUGUGUCACUCAACCAGAACUUCAACCGCCCAGCUACUGGCACACAGCCGACGGUCGAUGUUGACGCCCUGCCAACCCAGUGA